AUGAACGAAAAUGGACAGAGGGUUCUUGAGUUAUGCUCUUACCACGACCUAUGCAUAACCAACAUGUUCUUUGCCACCAAGCCGCAUCGCCGAGUGUCCUGGCGGCAUCCCAGAUCUCGCCACUGGCACCAGCUGGAUCUCGUCAUCACUCGGAGACCAUCACUGAACUGUGUUCUCACCACAUGCAGCUAUCACAGUGCUGACUCCGACACUGACCACUCCAUGGUCGGUAGUAAAAUCCGUCUCCAACCCAAACGGAUCUACCAAUCUAAGCAGGAAGGUCGUCCCCACAUUAACACCAGCAAGACGGCAAUCCCAGACUUGUCCGAGCGCUUCACCAAUUCCAUUGAGGAUGCCCUCAAAAACUGCCCUGGUGGCAACACUGAAGAGAGGUGGAGUCACAUCCGUGAUUUCAUCUACAACUCUGCAAUGGACACCUUCGGCAAGAGAGAGAGGCAGAACCCGGAUUGGUUCGAAGCCGGCAUUGCUGAACUAGAACCAGCAAUUGAGGCCAAGAGAGCUGCCCUCAUCAACCACAAGAGGGAGCCUACUGUGAAGUCACUCGCUGCACUCAGGAAGGCCAGGAACGACUCCCAACGGAUCGUUCGGCGCUGCGCAAAUGACUACUGGAUCAACCUUUGUGAGAGUAUCCAGCUCUCUGCUGACUGUGGGAAUAUUCGUGGCAUGUAUGAAGGCAUGAAGAAGGCCUUCGGCCCAAGCAUAAACAAGAUCGCGCCCCUGAAAUCAACUGCCGGCGACAUCAUAACAGUCUGCAGCAAGCAGAUGGAGAGAUGGGCUGAACACUACCAGGAGCUCUACUCAAGAGAGAACGUUGGCCGAGAACACCGCCAACCUCCCUAUGAACUGAGCAAGGCUAUCGACUCCCUAGCCUGCGGCAAAGCUCCAGGAAAAGAUGGCAUCCCACCUGAAGUCAUCAAGGUGGGAAAAAAGACUGCUCUCCUUCACCAUCUGCACCAGCUGCUGCAGCAGUGCUGGGAAGAAGGAACAGUGCCCCAAGAGAUGCGUGACGCCAACAUCGUCACUCUAUACAAGAACAAGGGCGACCGCAGGGACUGUAACAACUACCGUGGAAUAUCCCUCCUCAGCAUUGUUGGGAAGGCCUUCGCCUGUGUAGUCCUCAACAGACUGCAGUUGCUCACAGAGCGUGUAUACCCCGAGGCCCAGUGUGGGUUUAGAGCGGGAAGAUCAACCAUCGACAUGAUCUUCUCCCUACAACAGCUCCAGGAGAAAUGCCACGAAUAG